AUCAGUGAUUCAAUCCCUCACCCUCUCUCUUUCUCUCUUCAAUUUCAAUGGCAGAUCAGAGUCCGAAAGCAGAGACCUUUGAACUCAAUAAUGGCAGCAUGCAAGUGCUCCUCACCAAUCUCGGCUGCACCAUCAUCUCCUUAUCGGUUCCAGGAAAAGAUGGUGUCUUAUCCGAUGUCGUUCUUGGCCUCGACAAUGUUGAGUCCUAUCAGAAAGGUCUUGCUCCUUAUUUUGGCUGCAUUGUGGGUCGGGUUGCAAACAGGAUAAAGGAUGGCAAGUUUACACUUGAUGGCGUUCAGUACUCUUUGCCUCUUAACAAACCCCCAAACAGUCUCCAUGGUGGAAAUGUUGGGUUUGAUAAGAAGGUAUGGGAAGUAGUUGAACAUAAAAAAGGUGAAACUCCAUCAAUUACUUUUAAGUAUCACAGUCAUGAUGGAGAGGAAGGUUAUCCUGGGGAUAUCACUGUUACUGCAACUUAUACGCUCACCUCAAACACAACACUGAGGCUUGACAUGGAAGGAGUGCCAAAGGACAAGCCCACCAUUAUUAACUUAGCUCAGCAUACCUACUGGAACUUAGCCGGCCACAACUCGGGGAAUAUACUUGACCAUUCAAUUCAGAUAUGGGCUAAUCACAUCACUCCUGUGGAUGAGAAUACUGUGCCAACCGGUGAAAUCAUGCCAGUUAAGGAUACCCCUUUUGAUUUUACAUCUGAGAAGAGAAUAGGCAACACCAUUAGUCAGGUUGGAAUGGGAUAUGACCACAAUUAUGUGCUUGAUUGUGGAGAAGAGAAGAUGGGUUUGAGACAUGCUGCAAAAGUGAGGGAUCCAUCCAGUUCAAGAGUACUAAACCUAUGGACAAAUACCCCUGGUAUGCAAUUUUACACAGCAAACUAUGUUGAUGGUGUUAUUGGAAAAGGAGGUGCUCUGUAUGGAAAAUAUGCUGGGUUAUGUCUGGAGACACAGGGAUUCCCUAAUGCUGUAAACCAGCCAAAUUUUCCAUCUGUUGUAGUUCGACCUGGCGAGAAGUAUCAACAUUCCAUGUUGUUUGAGUUUUCAGUUGAGUGAAGUAAUGUUGUUGGAGUGGCGUAGGAAUGGUGUAAACAUCUUGUCCUGCAUGGUGUGAUUUAGAACCUUGGGUUUGGUUUCUCCUAAAAUGAUUGCUUGUUUGCAUUCAAAUAAAUGUUUUACCCUUUCAUUGUCCCACCUUUCAAGUCCACAUUGCAUUCUAUC